UUGGGAUUUCAGUUGGAUGUCCUGAACAGGGAAGGGGUACUAUGCUAUCUGUUGGGAUUUCAGUUGGAUGUCCUGAGCAGGGAAGGGGAUAUAGGGGCGUAAAGAUACGCCUGUGUAGCCUAUAACGUCACACGCCGCGUUGGCUACUAGCAGUGCAGGGAUAGCUUUGAGCCCCCUCUUUCCCUACCCAGUUGAUGCCUAAAAAGUUUUAGGAAACUCUACGAAUUUCAGCGUACCUGAGGGAAUUAAACUAUCGAACAAAAACUGGAAAGCGACCGAAUAAUUAAUGUAUGCAAGGACAGCUGCAAGUAAACAACCAACCGAAGGAUUUAAAUGGUCGCGAUUUCAGAAGUAGAAUAGUUUGCUGAGAGGGUAACUUUACGGUCAGACCUCGACGGUCAGACCUCGUCCUCUCGUCCUGUUCUAAUCGGUGUGUAAAGUUCUGAGGGACCGAAAAAGGCUGGCGAAAUGGCGGAAACCAAAAUAAUCUACCACAUAGACGAGGAGGAGACGCCGUAUCUGGUGAAGAUCCCUAUUCCUUCUGAAGACAUAACACUUUUGGAUUUCAAACAUGUUUUGAACAAGCCGAAUUAUAAAUUUUUCUUCAAAUCUAUGGAUCAGGAUUUCGGUGUGGUGAAGGAAGAGAUUUCGGAUGAUGCUGCCAAACUACCUUGUUUCAAUGGGAGAGUUGUGUCAUGGCUGGUAUCCUCAGACAGUCCCCUUGCGGAGCCCCCUCUUCCCCCGGUGGAGGUCUGUACGGAGUCCUUCCUCCCGUCUCCCCCCCUGCCUCCCCUCCCGGUGGAGAGGACAGGGGGCAUCGGAGACUCCAGACCCCCGUCGUUCCAUCCCAAUGUGGCGGGUAGUGUUGAGAACCUGGAUGAGCGUACUGAGACAGAGUCAGUGGUGUCAUUCAGAAGGGAGAAGCCCAGAAGGAGGGAAAGCAUGGAGCAGCAUGGGCCGCGGAUGAACGGUCAGAGCCGUCGGGAGCGCCACCUGGCAGGCUACGAGAGUGCCUCCACCAUCAUGAGCAGCGAGCUGGACACCACCAGCUUCUGUGACUCGGAUGAUGACACGAUGAGCAGGUUCAGCAGCACCACAGAACAGAGCACAGCCUCUAGGCUACUGAAGCGCCACCGCAGACGACGGAAGCAGCGUCCCACCAGGCUGGAGAGGGCGUCUUCGUUUAGCAGUGUGACAGACUCCACCAUGUCCCUUAACAUCAUCACUGUUACUCUCAACAUGGAUAAAUACAACUUCUUGGGCAUCAGUAUCGUGGGUCAGAGCAACGAGAGGGGUGAUGGGGGUAUCUACAUUGGCUCCAUUAUGAAGGGAGGGGCUGUGGCUGCUGAUGGGCGGAUCGAACCAGGAGACAUGCUGCUGCAGGUGAACGACAUCAACUUUGAGAACAUGAGUAAUGACGAUGCUGUCCGUGUGCUGAGAGAGAUUGUACAUAAACCUGGACCUAUUAUCCUGACAGUAGCUAAAUGCUGGGACCCCUCACCCCAGGGCUACUUCACCCUCCCACGCAUGUACACCCCCAUUGUUCUUCCAGAUGAGCCGAUCCGGCCCAUAGACCCGGCUGUGUGGGUGAGCCAUUCUGUGGCCCUGACAGGGGCCUACCCUCCCUACCCCGGCAGCUCCUCUCUCAGCACCAUCACCUCCAACUCCUCCGUGACCGAGACAGAGCGUGAGUCCCUCUGCCCGUCUCUGGCCCACAAAGGUUUUGAUGACUUCAACCUGUCCCUCCACUCUGACAUGGCGUCGGUGGCUAAGGCCAUGGCCUCCCCAGAGUCUGGUCUGGAGGUCAGAGACAGGAUGUGGCUCAAGAUCACCAUCCCCAACGCCUUCCUUGGUUCUGAUGUGGUGGAGUGGCUCUACCAACACAUUGAGGGCUUCCAGGACCGUCGUGAAGCCAGGAAAUAUGCCAGUAACCUACUGAAAGCUGGCUUCAUCCGCCACACGGUCAACAAGAUCACCUUCUCAGAGCAAUGCUACUACAUCUUCGGUGACUUCAGCGACUGUGAGAACUACAUGGCAAACCUCUCCCUGAAUGACAACGACGGUUCUAGUGGGGCCUCAGACCAGGACACCCUGGCCCCCCUGCCCCUCCCGGGGGCCACACCCUGGCCCCUGAUGCACACGUUCCCCUCCUACCAGUACACUUCCAACCCCUACUCCAGCCAGCCGCCCCCCUACCAUGAGCUUUCCAGCUACAGCUACGCGCCAGGCAGCACGGGGAGCCAGCAUAGCGAGGGGAGCCGGAGCAGUGGCUCCACCCGGAGCGAGGGAGAGAGACGGAGGGGAGGGAAAGGCGGAGGAGGGGUGGGCAGUACUAGCGGCCGGGAUGAGAAGUCACCGGUAGACGGAGGCAGGGACUCUCGCUCAGGAAGCGGCAGCGAAUCAGAGUAUUCUGUACGGAGCAGCCUGAGGAGGGGGGAACACGGAGGCUCGGCCACCCCCAGUGAACACAGCCACUAUAGCCACGUCAGCCAGCGCUCACACCACCGUGCACCCCCUCCACACCUCCAAUUCCCACAGGGCAUCCCCCUUUCAUACAACCCCAUGAUGCUUAUGAUGGUCCCCCAGCACCCUCACGUGCACCCACACACCCUCCAGGGCGUGGGGCAGACAGGGCCCUUGAUGUCGGGCCUGCCCCCUGGCACCACCCCCGGGGGACCUCCAGGGGCACCCCCAACCCGUGACCUGGGUUCUGUGCCCCCAGAGCUCACCGCCUCGCGCCAGUCCUUCCACCUUGCCAUGGGAAAUCCCAGUGAGUUCUUUGUGGACGUCAUGUAGGAGUGGAGACACUACAGAGGGCUGAGUCCCAAAUGGCACCUAAUUCCCUACAUAGUGCACUACUUUUGACCUGAGUCCAAUGAGCCCUGGUCAAAAGUAGUGCCCUCUGGGACUGACCCAGAGGCUGUAUAUAGGGAAGUUGGUGUCCAGAAUCAGAAGGAUGCACGCUGCAGCAUAAGGCAACAGAGCGGUACCAGCAACAUUCACAAGUUGCUUUGAUUCACUUGAACUCUUGGAAAGCUUUAAGAGCCUAAACCCAGCCCAGACCAUUCUCUUUCUUUGUGAUGUCAUUGGUUAACCAAGGUUUUAUUAGGUGUCUCCUCAUCUGACAGGAAUCAGUUACCUCUAGAUCUCUACCUUAUCUUACAAGCUGGUAAACAUCUAGAGGAAGCAAAGAUAAGUAAUUCCUGUCAGCUCAGGAUUCAGCUAAUAAAAACCUUAAAUUGAGUUUCAUCAAGGGUAAUAGGAAUAACCUAUAUUUCUCUGUUGUUCAGACAGGAACAUAGGUCAUUACGUCAAUUUGUACAAUAUGAAAACAGAAUAAAUUUCACUUCAAGUAAUUGUACAUAAUUCAAUGUGCCACGCCAUUAUGACCACUGUCACAUAGCUGUGAUCAUGUUUUAGAACCUCCUACUUAGGAGGUUAAUUGUUGUGGUGUUCUUGGAAUAUGGUACUAAAACACUACCAGCUGGAGAAAAAGUGUACAUCAUUUAUCUGUUAAUUGAAAUGGAUGAAUUCAUGCAUUCCCAUUUGAUCUACUGACAUACAGCAGUAGGGAUGUUUUUAUGAGAAGUUCUGUUGGGUUUGUGUUUACAUGCACUCACGCUCAGGGCCUGUAUUCACAAAGCAAGUAGGUAGGCUGAUCUCGGAUCAGGUGCCCCUGUCCAUAUAACUGUAUUCAUUAUGAUUUGACAAGACUCUGAUAUGAUUUAUGAAUAAGGGCCCAGGUAUUGUGGAGGCCUCCUGUCCUCUGCGGUAACUGUUGAGCCCCCUGAUACUGUUGUGAUUUGCGCCUUACUGGUCAGUCAGCUUGAUGCAGUGUGUGAAUUGGGCCGGUACACACAGGUACUGAUUACAGGCCCCUCAAAUACUGUACUGCUUUAGUACUGGCCACUCUUAUCUUGGCUUAAAUAUAUGAUGAGUACUGGCACCCAAAAUGACUACUGUACCGGCACCUAUUUCAGUUCACUUCAAGCACUGGGUGGAUGACUGGGAGAUGGAAGCUGGUACAGACCGACAGACUGAAGUAUUUGGGAUAGCAGUUGGUGAGGGUAAAAUAAUGUAGCCUGGUUAAACCAGACUGAAUGCUAUGCUCUCACCAUUGUUUUGAGUGCUGCAUUCAGUCUGGUUUAACCAGGCUACAAAAAAUGAAAAAUAAACAAAUACAAAAUAGUUGAUAUAGCUCUGAUCUCACACUCCUACCCACAUUUUGUUUUUUAACUGAGUGACAUACACCUUUUUUUAUGUAUACAUUUAUAUAAUUGUAUUAAAGGUGCUUGAUGAAGAGAAUAGUUAUGUUUCUUAGUAUGGCACAGUCAGUAAUGCAUUGUCAUAUUUGCUUGUUUGUCACUUUUACAUUUGUACAUUUUAGUCAUUUAGCAGACACUCUUAUCCAGAGAGACUUAGUGCAUUCAUCUUAAGAUAGCUAGGUGGAACAACCACAUAUCAGUCAUAAUAAGUACAUUUUUCCUCAAAGUAGCAAAGUCUGCGCUAGUAAGGGGGAAAUUGCAAUUGUAUUACAGUUUAAAUACAACUCUACCAAAUUUAAA